AUGGGUGAUAUCAGUGGAACCACCUCCUCCGCCACCGGCACCGCCGUCGACGAUGAUCUGUUACUCAAAAAAUUCUUCGCGGAAGUUAGCGAGGUUGAGCGCGACAACGAAGUCACCAGGAUCCUUUCGUGCUUCAAGUUAAAUGCUUUUGAGUACCUGAACCUACCAUUUGAUUCCUCUGUAGAUGAUGUGAAAAGGCAAUAUCGUAAGGCAAUGUCCAGAUCUUGUCAAGUUGUCCUUAUUGCGUGUGUUUUGUGUCACUGUGGAAUAACAAAUUGCUUUUACUGCUGCUUUAUCCAAUUACAGUUAUCCUUGCUCGUCCACCCUGAUAAAUGUAAACAUCCUCAAGCAAAGGAAGCAUUUGGAGCAUUGGCAAAAGCUCAACAAUUAUUACUCGACCCACAGGAGAGAGAUUAUAUAUUGAAUCAAGUUACUGCUGCCAAAGAAGAACUUCGGGCGAAGAGGAAGAAGCAGCUGAAGAAAGACACCGCAACCAAGAUAAAGUCGCUAGUGGAUGAGGGAAAAUAUGAGCAGGAAUUUGAAAGAUCAGAGGAAUUUCAGCAACAGUUGAAAUUGAAAGUCCGAGAAAUCCUAACUGAUCAAGAGUGGAGGAGAAGGAAAAUGCAGAUGAGGAUAUCAGAGGAGGAAGGUAGAUUAAAGAAAGACGAAGAAGAAACCAAAGAGAUGUGGAAACGAAAACGUGAACACGAGGAGCAAUGGGAAGGCACUCGUGAACAGAGAGUUUCAAGUUGGAGGGACUUUAUGAAAGGUGGAAAAAAGGUUAAAAAGGGAGAGCUCCGACCUCCAAAGCUUAAGACAGAGGAUGCAAACAAAUCGUAUGUUCAAAGGCCAGUAAAACGAGGAUGA